AUGCUCGGCCCGCUCCACCGCCACAUUAGGAACCUCGUGCUCCGCCUCUUUGGGCCCGAGGCCCUCCGCCUGGUGCUGCUCCAUGACGAGCAGCGGAGCGCGCGCGACGAGCUCAGCUCACGGCUCGACCGCCCGGACGUCGAGCUCGAUGAGCGCAGGAACGCAGCCGAGCGCAAGACCGUGGAUUUCUUCGAUCUUGUGAUCGAUGAGAUGAAGAAGCCAAACCCUAUAAUGAACGAGAACAUCGCGUUGGACUUAUUGUUCUUGCUCCUGUUUGCAAGCCACGAGACGACGUCGAUGGGACUGACCGCGAUACUCAAGUUUCUAACGGACAAUCCAAAAGCCUUGCAAGAAUUGACCGAGGAGCAUGAAAAAAUCAUGGAAAGAAGGGUGGAGUCAGACUCGGAUAUCACCUGGGAGGAGUACAAGUCUAUGAAAUUCACAUCUCAUGUAUGUGCUAUAUAUAGAAUUGUUAUAGCAAACAUCGCUCCGGUGGUGUUCAGACAAUCAAACCAGGACGUACACAUAAAGGGGUACACUAUCCCAGAAGGAUCAAAGAUCAUGAUCAGUCCAUCUGCUGCGCACCUGAAUUCAAAGGUUUACGAUGAACCCUUGGCAUUCAAUCCAUGGAGAUGGAAGGAUACUCCUGAGCCAGUUGGUGGCUCUAAGGAUUUUUUGGCCUUUGGGGGUGGUUUGCGGUUAUGUGUUGGUGCUGAGUUUGCCAAGUUGCAAAUGGCUAUGUUCCUCCACUGCUUGGUCACCAAUUACAGAUGGAAAGCCCUCAGCAAAGGGACGAUGAUGCUUUAUCCCAGGCUACGAUUUCCGGACGGCUUUCACAUCCAGCUUCAUAAGAAAACAUGA